CUUUUAUUUUUAAUCUAAUAACCUUCCUAAAUCCUCUGUGCCAACCUCUCCAGUUUACAGACUCGUAUAGCCCACCCACAGACCGUUCAUUCUAACGAUAUCUAGCUCUCGGCAUGAGCUCUCGCCUGAUUGCACUUGCCUAUUCUUCUUCACAGAAUCAUCAUUCAUUCACGAUAAAUAAUCAAGCCUACCUACCUACCUAAUACUCUCUUAUCUUAACCUCAAGCCAGAUAUCUACAUUGUGAAACUACUAGUCCCUAGUACGAUAUAUUACUUCCAAGUAUCCGUUCUUUAAAAUGGGACGGCCAUCUCCGUCGAUCUCGGGCAAAGGCUCUACCUCAAUCCCUGGUACUCCAGGAUUAAGUCGGAAAGGCCAGCCCAGCUGUCGAGCACAGGGCUCCAGCGCGGUGUAUAUUGAGAUAGAUGAUGAUGACAUCGACGAACUUGCUAAUGAUGGAGUCUCACCGUAUUUCACUCAGCCAACGCAAAUAGUUAACAGAGCUACUCAACCUACUCAAAUAGUAAACCGAGCUCCGCAACUGCCAUCUUCUCCUUUGGUGCCUGAUACGCCACGUACAGCUAUUGAAGUGCCUGCUUCGUCUCCAUUCCAGGCCGAGAGUCGGGCAAAGCCCUCGGAUGUACUAGUUAAGAAGCCUGGAGUAGCAAGUAGAGUAGGAUCAUUAAUGGCGCCAGCGGGAACGUCAUUCAGACCACCUACGAUGCAUAAACCACCGCAGAAAGCUGGCGCUUCCGCAGGCCGGCGAGACUAUAUAGAUAUAUCGGAUGAUGAUCUAUUAGAGGACUAUAAGAAGCAGGAUAGCUCAGAUGACGAAACACCCACUCGGGGGGAUAUACGCCCUUCAUCUUUCGCGAAGAACCCAUCGUUCCCGGUUUCGAGAACAGGAGCUACGUGGUUUGAAAAUGCGGACAUCUCUCUUAAUGAUAUUCGUGAUAUCAGACUUCGGCACUUGACAAGUCAAGUCUACAAGAUUGUCCAAAGGGCUGUACCUGGAAUUACCAUUCGGGCCUGCAAGGAAGCAUUGCAGAAGGAUGUCGGCUGGCAAGUUUCGAAAGCCGUGGAUUCAUUGACGGGAAGGCCAACCAAGUCUCUUUCGGUGUCGAAAGCUACAAGUGCAUUGUCCAACAACACCUGUAACACUGCAAGCACUAAACGUGCACCUGGCGACGAUGAAUACCUCGCAUUGACCCCCACCUCUUUAGAUACCUCAGGGUGCGAUGCCCCUCGAAAUAGUUUGCAAACUUUUUUGAAAAAGCUUCCAACUUCUGCAAAUUCAACCAAGUCUUCUUCUCAAACUUCAGUACAACUUUCUCGCACACAAAGUUCGAGCAACUCAAUUCUUUCAAGCAAUUCAAUUACAUCAAACACAUCUAACAACAAUCCACCUCGCAGACGUCUUGUACAAGGACGAAAACAUUCUUCAACGCCAUCUGCAAUAUUCUCUAUAUCAUCUUCACCUACUUCAACUAUUACUAGUCUAACACAAUCAAGAGAGUCAUCGCCAGACGACAGUCUCGAUAUGAAGACCAGAUCAUCUGCUGCUCAGGCGGCUGCGUCUAAGGCAAUGCCUCGCGGUCGCCGACUCAUGCAGGGUCGUCGCAAUAAGACUCCCGAUCCUGAUUCAGAUUCCGAGUCAGACUCACUCCCCUCUAUAACCCGACUUGCUCAAUCUCGUAAGAGACAAUCGGGUGUAGAAGAUCUACCCCCAAUGAAGAAAUCUAAGAUUGACAAGAGUGAGAUUCAAUCGCGAAAGAGAGGUUCGGAUCAAUUAGAGCCUGAAGCUUCCGACCUUCCUACCCCCCCUAACAAGAAGACAAAAGUUGAUACACCCAAGAAGCGUAAGGCUGAUGAAGAACUUGAGCGUGAUGAGCUUAAAGCGGACGAGGUUUAUGAAAUCUCUGACGAAGACUCUAACCCCGACCCCGACGAACUUGUGGAAGAUCUCUCUAAUGUCCUCGAGUAUCUCAACACCUGUGCUAUUGAGAAUCUGGGCCGCAUGAUUGGUUCUACAGCAGACGCCCAGCUGAUGGGCAGUUCUCGUCCUUUCAAGUCUAUUGCCGAUGCCGAGAAAGUCUCGCGACAGGACAAGGCCAAAUCAAAGAAGAAGAUUAGAAUGGUCAACAUCGGCGAGAACAUUGUAGAGAAGCUGAAGUCCUGGUUACAGGCAUGCGAAGCAGCAACAGCUGUCAUCGACGAGUGUGAUAGAAGAGGAGCGGAGAUAAAUAGUAUCAUGUCCACCUGGAGUCUUGAUAAGAAUGGCGAGUCCAAAGACGAGGCAUCUACUCUGGUUCGGCUACCGAUUGAAGAGAAGCCCGAGCUGAUGGCCGAGAACAUCAAGCUCAAGUCCUAUCAGAUGGUUGGACUCAACUGGAUGGACUUGCUGCGCAGAAAAGGUUACGGCGGCAUUCUCGCUGACGACAUGGGCCUCGGCAAGACUUGCCAGGUCAUCUCAUUCAUCGCUCACCUAGUCAAGUCGGAGCGCAAGCCGGGUUCUAGACCGCCUUGGCCGAAUCUAAUAGUUGUGCCGUCGAGUACCUUCGAGAACUGGAUAAAGGAAUUCGAAACCUUUGCCCCUGGUGUCUCGGUCUUGGCGUACACAGGCUCAAGCCGCAGAGGGAUCUCUCCUAGAACUGCAAAGCAGCACCACGUCGUCCUAACCACCUACCCGCAAAUUGAAAGACAGCGCGAGGACCUUAAGUUCCUCCAAGCUAUAGAGCCAUAUGCCGCCAUAUUCGACGAGGGCCACAAACUCAAGAACCAGAGCACCCUCAUUUAUAAGCAGAUGAUGCGGGUACCGACUGAAUGGCGCCUUAUCCUCAGCGGUACGCCUGUACAGAACAAUCUAAAAGAACUCCUCACCAUCCUCCGCUUUAUCGAACCCGACAUGUUCGACAAGGACAAGUUCAAUGCGCUCAAUACAAUCUUCGAAGCCAAGGUCCCCAGCAAAGAUGUUCUUAACUUUGCAGCGCUUGCGUCAGAACGUGUUGAACGUGCCCGUGCAGUCAUGGCUCCAUUCAUUCUGCAGAGACGAAAGGAAGAAGUCCUCGCUCUACCUCCUAAGACGGAGCGCCUCGAAAUCGUGGGGAUGCAUGAAACACAGAAAGAGAUCUAUGAUUCGAUCAAAGGCAAAUACGUACUACCGAACGGCGUCAAGAAGGCUAAAAAGGAUGCGCACCAAUGGGUGUCACUCCGAAAGGCGGCAAUCCACCAUCAACUCUUCCGUCAUCAUUUUACCGAUAAAAUGGUCUUGGAGAUGGUAGAUAUUUUGUGGAAGCAUUAUCCUGCUAAGGAACUCGGUGUCGAGGACAAAGACGAGCGCUACAAGAAACGUUUCACGGAUACUUUCUUGGACAAGACCGACUUCCAACUGCACCUCGACUGCAAAUAUUUUAAGCGAAUCCGACAUUAUGAUGUUCCUGAUCGAUCAUGGGAGGAUAGCCCCAAGGUCCAAAAGCUCUUAGAACUUGUACGCGGCUAUAUGAAGAACGGUGAUCGUGUAUUGGUAUUCAGCCGUUUUGAAAUUGUGGUAGAUAUCCUACGAGAAGCUCUACACUAUGCGGAUAUCCCGUAUUGCUGUAUUACAGGAACCACCGAUACGGCAGAUCGGUUCCCGGAGAUUCAGCGCUUCACGAACGACCCCGAUAUCCCCGUUUUCCUCAUUACCACUGUGGCUGGUGGCACUGGACUGAACCUUACUGCGGCGAACAAGAUCAUCCUCUUCGAUCAGUCGGAUAAUCCGCAAGAAGACGUGCAGGCAUCCAACCGUGCCCACAGGAUCGGACAGACGAGACCAGUAGAGAUAAUCCGUUUCAUCACAGAGAAGUCGGUAGAGUGCCUCAUCUACAACUCGUGCGUCAAGAAGCUAGUCCUUGCUGCCCGCGUCGAAAGAGUCUGGGGCGUAGAAGAAGAAGAGGAAGAAUCUGUGGAAGAGCAGUGCAAGAAGCGUAUGCUCUUGGGAGACGAAGAAUAUAAGCCGAUCGACCCACCUGAAGUGCUUGAAGCACUUGAGGUGUCUGGAGCAUCCAAGGCUACCAAGUAGUCCUAGUUCGAGCCCGCUACCACGCCCAUCUAAAACGGCAGACUACCUUCUUCGAAAGGCCUCUGCCGGAUCAUACG